AUGUACGACUUUAUGGAAUAUUGCCUUCGAUGUUAUUAUCGCUCAACGGGAUGGCGAGAAGAAAACCAGUAUUCAAACUUAUGCUCGUGGUCGAGGACUCUACUUGACUUUUAUACACCUCGAGGACUCUCAUUGUACCUUUCGAAGCUCCCAACGCCCCAAUUCAAACCAUCGUAUACCAUGAACGCUCUCCCUUCACUCAAUGGCAGCAUCGGCUACCUGUACACUUCUCAACCUCUUGACAUUGGCACGAGUGCAACAGUCGAUUUCCAGGACUUGGUUGAUCGCUUUCGCAUAGUAGAGCCAACAGAUACCAACAAAGAUGCCAUCAAUCAUUAUCUACUGUAUGGUCGUAUGUCAUUCCCCGGGUCACGUCUUGAAGCCAUGUAUGUUCGACGGCUGUCGCCCCAUCUACAAUGUUUAAUUACUGCUGUAAAUCAACCACGUCUUCCAGGCCAGCCUCAGAUGGCCAUGCAGCUGCAAUAUGAUGUCGGCAAAUGGUGCUCUGAAUGCUCAUAUACCACCGAUGAUGGCCUUCUUGGUGUGCGUGCGCUAUACAACUUUGGGCAGCAGGAAAUUGCAUUGGAUGGAAAUGCUAGCAAUGUAGCAGCUGGUAUCCAGGGCCAAUGGGCAUUGGGAACCGAGUUAUAUUAUGGCACAUUGGAUAAGAGCGGUGGACUAUCGAUCGGUUUACGUUAUCACACAUUACCAUCGGCUGGCACCCCUCCCAUCUGCUUCACCUAUACGCUGAAUCCUUUGGUGGGUCACAUGUCAACCGCGUAUGUAGCACAAGUCUCGAAGGAAUUAGCCAUGUGCUCUCGAUACGACUUCAGCAUAUAUUCAUACGAAAGUGAUCUUGCACUUGGAUUCGAAUACCGCACCAAGAAUGACAGAGAUCCUGGUAAAGACAAGACUCAAAAGUUGGAAGGCUUAAUCAAAGCAAGGAUCGGCUUUACAGAGGGUCUUGCAUUGAUGUGGGAAGGGCGAUUGAAGAAUACCUUGUUUAGCAUUGGUUUAACGGCGGAUCUAUCAAGUCGCUCAAGUCCUAUUCGUACCAUUGGCUUAGAAAUGCAAUACUUUUCUUAA